CUUUGUAUCACUUCAAGCAAAUCCCAACCAUCAUCACAUCUUUCUCACCACCUAUUUCACACAGCUUUCUUUUCCCCUACUCACUUAUCUUCUGGAGUCCAGGUCCAAAGACCGCCCAGGACUGAUUCUGUCCAAGUUCAGAACUAUUCACUCUCGAGGCAAGGUUACCUCAAGUUGACACCAUACAAGCACAUCAUCGCUUGCCAACCCGCACAUGUGGCCAUGGCUUCGAACCAGGAACUCUACCAUCACCUGGUUCUUGCGGCCAAAGUACCCACAUCUCAACCCGAUGCUCUAGAACCGCUCAACAGGGGCCUUAUCGACUGUGCUAUCAAGGCGUGUAACUUGCUGCGACGACAGUCUUCCCCCCAGCCGUGGGACUCUCUGCUUCCUUCCCUUGAGAAGUGUAGGGAUGUUAAUCAUGACGGCAUGCUCAGUAAGGCAUCACUGGAGGACGCGUUCCGGGACAUUGGAGGAAAGACGCUCAUCUUGCAUGUGGCGAGCCAAAAUGCCGGCCUCCUCAUCCGUCCCAGCUCAAACGAUUCAGUGAUAUUCGAAGCAUUCGAGGCUUCCCCAUCUUUGGAGGCUGUACUGGGAGCCAAGAAUGCGCUUCUAUGGGAUUUCCCUGGUCGGGCGGCUCAGAUUCCUAUCAGCGAAUUUCAGACCGACUCGUUUAGAUCCAAUCUCGCCUUGUUUCUGGAAAAGGCCAGCAUUGAGACUCUAAACGCUCUCAAUGCGCGCGCUGUGAAGAAGCAGACAGCAGUCAUUGAGACGCGUGACACCGCCGACUGCGCGCUGAUUUCCCAGCUGCUCAUAUCCCUGCUGAUUGCCAUUGGUGGUCCCGUUAGCACUCCUAGGUUUCGGAAGAGAGUCCGUGACGAGGUCAACUUCGACAACGCAAAGAAGCCUUGGAGAAGGGCUCCGAUGUGGCUGAUAUUGCGCGUCGCCGUCCGACAAAUGCUAUGUCUUCAACUCGGAAACGAAGCAGGACGAGCAACCUACAAGAUGUUCAUAUGCGUCGUCCUCGCGCAAUUUCUCGAACAGACCUCAAGAGAGCUCGCUGCUGAGAUGGUGAUGACCCUCAGAGCCAAGCUGUGUCGACGCCUCGCCAAGUUGGAAUCGGACAAGCUGCAAGCAUCCGAGUCAGCUCGCCCAGUAUAUGACCAGCUUUUGAACUGCUUGAGCCCCUGGUUCAAGACUGUCAUUCAAGUUGCCACUCAAGAAGCAACACGGGCCUGGGAGCUGCAUAAAGCUUCUGUUCAGCGAAAGAUUCAUCUCCUUCCUCCCAAGUCCGACAUUGCCAACUUCAAACUUCAGCUUCCAAACAGUUGGAAUUAUUUGAAUUCACUUCUCUACCUACAUCCGUAUCCUCUCAAAGAGGUACCAUGUCUCGACUUGCGCGCGAUGAAGUCUGGCACGCUUGGACAGGCUACGAAGUUCGCCAACAAAUAUCUCAGAUUGGCUGAACUUGAGGAUGAAAUUGAGCAAGCCAUCGAACGAGAGGCGCGAUCUCCUCCCGACUCCAUGGAUGGUUAUCGUCUCGGAUGUUUGCGCAUAUCUGAAAUGAUCACGAGACUGAUCAAGGAAGUCGGCGAUGCUUACGAUAACGAUCCAGCGCAAAUGAGCCACCACAUUCUCAAUGUAAUGGAUCUGUGGGUGUCGCUGGACCAGUACGCAACCUCUUUUUGUCCUCUCUUGAUGGCCUAUCAUCCAUUCUUUACUCCUGAGCCACUUGACUUGCUUCAGCUUGCGUCAUUUUCCGACCUGUCCCGGCUCCAUGAGAUACAAGAGUACUUGAAGGAACGGGCAGCUACUGCCGCUGAAUCCAAAACGAUUUUCGCUCCACCGAGCCCCUCUUCGUUUGGAGUUCGGUACACACAGGAAUGCGACGAUGGAGACAGACUGAUCGCAGUGUGGGACACAAUCAACGGAGAAUGCCACCGUACCAGAUACGACAAAAUACAGGCAUGGGUAUCCGCUCUGAAUCAGUACGAGGAUCUCAACAGGAAGAUGCAUGGAGCUGGCUCUUGUCUCUGUAUCCAGAUAUCCGAAACAGAGAGAGAUGUGAGCAAAUGCUUGCUUUGCUGGUGCAAAAGGCAAAUGCGACGAAUGGUUGUCGAGGUUCACGAAGAUUACCUUCCUGAAGACAAAGACGAAGCAGCGACAAUCGUUUUUGAACUUUGUGCGCCUGACUUCUUCACUGCGUAUCGGAAUGCGACUUGGAAUAUCCAUCAAACAUUAGCUCUUAAGGGGGUGGCUUCAUAUACGAAACCUGCAGAUACCCUCUUGAGCUAUUGCCAGCUAAAGGACUUCGCCUCUGAGAGCGCCCAUUCGAGCACGGUGACCUUGGCUUCUGUACCCAAGUCGUGGCUCUCUACUCAUUACCGAAAUCUGCAAGUGCGAAACUCGCCUGAGCUGAAGGACAUUGUUCUACCUCUUGCGCUUCGCUUCGAGUACUUUGACAAAGAGACGAACAGUUGGAUAAAAGACCACGAUCGCCCAUUUCACCUUGCCCGAUUUUGUGGAGUAUCUCUCCCAACUGGUUUCGGGGCUAUUGAAGGGACAAGAGAUGGAGGUCAGAUAACACGUCUUGUGCGAGAACCAUCGUCAUACGAGAUUAUUGCCAAUCAAACCAAAUGCCCUACCACCAUGUCUACAGCCGAGUUCACAGCACAUCAACAUCUGCUCUCUGGAACGUCUAGGCGUUGGCUCACAAUGCUAUUGGAACUGAAUACCCCAAACCUCAAUUUCAGCUCUGAGGAGACUAGCCGUCUAUUCUCCGAGCUCAUUACCCAAGCCGGCACCAUGGAGAAAAGCACUAGCGUCUUCAGAGACGCUCAUCUCAUGUUCCAGGAUGAAGCUUUCUGUGCUCGGCUAGCAGAAGAGAUUGAGCGCAGGCUGACAACGAUCAGUUGGAGAGAUGUCUUUUGCAUGGACGUGAUGAUUUCCAUCACUCUGCGACUUUAUGAGUUGGGCUCGAGUUCCACAAAGCGCUCAGCUGACAAACUCUUAAUGAACGCUCGUUGUGUAACACUUCAGUGGCUCAAAGAUCUGAGAGUGGAAGUUCGUGAUGCCGCUCAAGAGGAUAUAGCAGCCAGAUCAAGUGAAUAUGGAAGAUGGGCAGCCAUCCUCUGCCGCCGAACAUAUUCUGCCCACUCGCCAAACUUGUCCAUGUCAUUGCAGGAUCUUACAACAUUUCUCGAGGCUGCUAUUGGCCUCCAAGAGAACAUGUUGGUGGAUGUUAGUAAACUUUCACAAAACUUCAAGCUCGUCCUCAUCAGGGAUCUGAAAGCUGCAUACAGAUUGCAGUCCACGGUUUCUCUGGCCAUCAAGGCCUAUCCACAAGUUAUCGAAACAAUCUUGGAUUCGAUUUGGCCCAAUCCAACGGGUGCCCCUCGGAUAUUCUCUGACUUGAAGUUCAUGUCAUCUCCCAACUCCCGCUGGAUCGAACAGCAGAUCAAAUUUGAUCAUGGAAAUUUCCACGAGAAGUAUACUGUACAGUUCAACUUCAUAGAGGGUUAUCUCCUUAUCGACGGAAAGCCUCCGGGGACUCUUCCCGCCGAGAUUCGGGAUGACGAGGUCGUGAAGGAACUUUUCGGCAAUCAGCAUCUGAUGACACUUCCUUCAGCAAUGCCGGGCAUGAGCCACUCGCUGUUAGGUGAGGCCCAUCAUAAGCAUCAAGUUCACUUCGGCAUCCGGGAUGGGCAAGUUAUCAUUCGUGCUAAAACCAGAGAAGGGGCUGUCCUGGAACUCAUCCCUCGACGCAAGUUUCGACAAGUCAAAGGGCAUGACAUUCCAGCUAAUCUUAUCGAUGACUGCUUCCAUUGGAUGGCCAUAUCAGACAAAGCAUACCCACGGCUAGAGAUCAGACAUGGUAAACCUUGGAGACAGCACGAUCACAACUGGGUUAUAGACCUUAACACGAGGGUUGCGAGACGCAGGGACGCCAGACUGAUCGACCCACAGUCGAAGCUGUACAAGAUGAUCGAGGAAAAUUUCAAGUACUUUGAGCAUCCUGAAAACUUGCUUGUAUUCCAGCCAGAAUCAGGAAAAGGGAACAUCGUUGUCAAACUCGAAAGGCUGGGCCUGACCUUUCGUGUCAAUCACCGCGGACUUCUAGAAAGUAGGGAAUUGCGCUCCGAGAUGGACCCAAACCAAGACGCUGGAACCCUUUAUGGAUUCAUGAGCAAGAUAUGUCUUCGCGACCUCCGAGAUUCAUCUCAAAGAAGCAUCAUCACUGCUAUGGGCGUACCAUCAUGGACUCGCCAAGGAUCACGGACAGUGAUUCAGGCCGCCCCGGUCAGUCAAUACGGACUGUUCUCUAUUGACAACGUGCUAGGGCGCCUUUGGUGUCUACCUGAGCCGAGAAAUCUCUAUGCGAAGGCGUUGUUCCAUGCUCUCACUACUUCUCCGUUCCCUGAUCCACUUACUGGACGUACUGGAAGGGACGAGGCACAGCAUCUACUGCAAUCCGGGCUCUGUCAGCCGUGGCAGCCCCUAGACAACGACGACCUAGCCAUGCUGCGAUUCAUUCAUCAGAACCUAUGCCCGCGUCGGGAGUACUACCCGCCAAAUCAAAGGAAACUGCAGACUGCCAGCUGGGAUAGACACUUGUCGUAUGCUCAGCAUGACGGAUAUGAUACGAUUGUCCAGGCUAUCAUCGUCAAAUCGAGUCGUUUAUCCUCUUUCCACAACGGCACAUCAACACCACCGUCGUGUUCCACUGUUCACAUCUCCCAUCUUCGGGAGCGUGGUUUGCUUCGGCAAUCCUUGUAUGAGGCAAGGUCCUAUUGCCCUUCCACUUUAACCGGUCGUGGAGACGAACUGUAUCAUUCCAGAGACUGGGAUAUGACAACAAAAAGAUGUGGACACGUUUUCCGCAUUGUACGCCAGGUCACAGAAAAUGGAUUCAAGUUCAACAGGACCAAGCCCUUGUCAAAAAUAUUGGAGGACUGGACAGUGAUUGGAGGCUUCAAGGUGACUCCUGAACACAACUUCUUUUCCCUGAUUGACGUCAUUGAGAGAAUGCCGAGCAAUCACUUUGGAAGCAUGGUUUCAUUCUGUUGCAACAUUCUGCCAGGCGACAAUUACGCGUUGCCGUUCAGAUUAGCACCACUUGUCUUCAGAGACAAUGCUGACAUGGAUUUGGCUGUGUCGUUUGCGGCGUUCUCCCGUUUCAAAGAGCUCAAGGCUCUCGAACACCCUAAAGUCGAUUUUUUUGCGGAUUUCCGGCGUCACGAGUCACCCACCUUGGAUAUGAUCCAAGGGAUCAUCCGACAGCACGCUUCGGAGCUUCCCGUACCUAUCAACCUUCCGUCUGCCAAGGCAAGAUCUAAGUUCCAGAAGGAACAAGAACAUCACAAACAGUUGUGCAUUUCGGAAGAAAAACGCAUUGCUGAACUGAUACAUUGUCAAUGGCCUACAGAAGCUUUGUCAUUUGAAGGCAUCCAAUCCUCUGUGAUUGACUGUUAUGAGGUUCUUCAAACGCUCCAGCCACGGUGGAAGCAGCUCUGGGACAACCACCAACUUUCGCUAUGGACAGACUCAGUCGAUGAUGUUCUCUCAAAACACUCCAGUGCCUACGAGCUUCCAACAAUGUUCAUUCCGACCGACACUCGACCUUACCAGUUACCCACGCGAAAAGAAGUCGUUCCUUCCCUUGCCAGCGACCUACUCCCCAAAUCAGGGCCACAAAGCUUGCCCCUCUCAGCCGAAGUCAACGAGAGUCAAUCCAUGCAUUUGAGUGCACUGGGACCAAAGGCAGAUCGCGGGAAAAAGUUAGUUCGUCCAGAACAUCAAGAGCUUGAUUGCAUUCUUGUCAGCCUCGCCAAAGAACCAGGCUCUAUUCGCCAAGAAUAUGCCAAUGAUCUACGGAGAAGCUUGAAGGCGCUACAAAGUACGCCUCGCCAGGUCAAAGUGGAUAUUCGUCCCACCCUCGCUUUGAUGGACAGCCAGAUUUUGUCAUGUGAGCGGUCGAUCAGAGCACAUAUGGAUGCAAUACAGCAGUCAUGGUCUAAGGACGACAGCGGCUCCCCGUGGCUGAUUGCAGGUGGGCUCUGGCCUAAUGGAAGUAAAAUUACCAUGAUGGAGCAGCUUCGGUCUGUAGCGGAAAACAGUUUUGGAGACGGAAUGAAGAGUGCUUUGGUCGGCCUCGGGAUUAUGCUCACGAGAUUGCAAAAACUGCGACGGAUGAGGCAUGCUCACCUUCAGCGCAACAGCCAACGAGUUCUCGAUGAACUGGCCAAUCCAGGGCAUACGAACUGGGAUUCGGAGGAGUAUCCAGAUUUUCUGCUGCUUGAAUUGGAGAGCAACAUCCUGAUUCGCGAUGAACAAUUUGAGGUUGCUCAGGCGAUUAUCGCACCUAACUCAAAGUCGAACUCAGUCUUGCAGUUGAACAUGGGAAAGGGGAAAACAUCAGUCAUCACGCCAAUGGCCGCAGCAAUACUGGCAGACAAGCAGCAGCUUUGCAGACUUGUCGUGCCCAAGGCUCUCCUCUUGCAAACAGCACAGAUCAUGCAAUCGAGGCUGGGUGGUUUGGUUGGCCGCGAGAUUCGGCAUAUUCCAUUUUCGCGGCAGACUAAAGCAGGGCUGGAGAUGCUAAACGUGUUUGAGGAGUUGCAUCACGAGAUACUCAAUUCUGGGGGAGUAAUCCUGGCAUUGCCGGAAUCUAUCAUGUCGUUCUCGCUCAGUGGCCUUCAAAGUAUGGUCGACUCCAAAUCGAAACAAGCGCGACAAAUGGUCGAAUUUCAACGCUGGCUCACGGAAACCUCGAGAGACAUCCUGGAUGAAUCGGAUGUUACACUGGCCGUCAAAACACAGCUCAUUUACCCCAGUGGUACUGAGAAGGCUGUGGAUGGCCAUCCGCAUAGAUGGCAUGUUGCUCAGGCUCUCCUCGGCCUUGUCGAGGCCCAUGUUCCCGACCUUCGCCAGAAGUUCGGCCGCCGUAUUGAAGUGGAGAAGCAUGGCUUGGCCUUUCCGCGAGUUUAUAUCCUGGACUCGGAAGUCGAGCAGGAGUUGAAGCGACGUAUCAUUGAUGAUGUUUGUGCUGGAAAAUCACCUACCUUCCAUCUUGCUGAGUCUGUUCAACCGAGCGUUAAGGCAAGACUGAAGCACGCUCUGAGCGAUCCAGUUGUGGAGGACUUUCAAAUCAACAAGGCGAAGCGAGCGUUUGUUGACAGAAAUUCUGCUGGUGACAAAAUCCUGCUGCUUCGAGGUUUGAUACACAGCGGUAUUCUUUUGCUUUGUCUGAAGAAGAGAUGGAACGUACAGUAUGGGCUGCAUCCCGAUCGUAUACCCAUUGCCGUUCCCUUCGAGGCAAAGGGUGUCCCAUCCGCCAACGCCGAGUUCGGUCAUCCUGACGUCGCCAUCAUCUUCACUUGUCUCGCCUUUUACUACUCUGGUCUAACUUUGAAGCAAUUCACCGACUGUCUUGGCAGCGUUCUGAAGUCUGAUGACCCGCAGUCUGAGUACGACAUCUGGACUCAGGGCUGCGCCAAUCUUCCUCAGGAUCUUCGACAGUGGAAUCUGAUCAAUGCCGAAGACCAUCUUCAGGUAGACCAGUUGUGGAAGCUACUCCGGCUCAACAAGGCAGUGUUAAAUUAUUAUCUCAACACAUUUGUGUUUCCGAAACACUGCAAGCAGUUCGAAGUCAAACUUCAGACAUCUGGUUGGGAUAUUCCUCUCUUUCCACGAAUAACCGACAAGCAAGCACAAUCAGCUCGGACCACUGGCUUCAGCGGUACGAAUGACAACAAAUACUUGCUUCCACUUACCAUCAAGCAAGACGACCUCCCCAGUUUGUCACAGACCAAUGCCGAAGUCCUCACGUAUCUUCUUGAGGGAAGAAACAGGGGGUACGAGAAGCUGGCUGAACAUUACGGGAGACAAGCUGGGAGAAGACUAACGGAGUCUGAGCUUCUUAGACGCUUGUCACAAAAAAGAAUACGUAUCCUCAUUGAUGCCGGUGCGUUUGUGCUGGAGAAGGGAAACCAGGAAGUGGUAAAAGAAUGGCUGAGUUAUGACACUUACAGCCCGGCGGCGGUCUUUUUCAAUGAAGACAACAAGGCCAUGGUACUGUCCCGCGGGUCCAGAAAGCCGGUUUCAUUGCUAGCCACCCCAUAUGCGGAAAACCUGGAAGACUGCCUGGUGUAUCUCGACGAAGCGCACACCCGCGGGACAGAUCUCAAAUUACCACAAGGGGCUUGUGGAGCUCUGACAUUGGCAUUGAAUCAGACCAAGGAUCAUACUGUUCAAGCCGCUAUGAGACUUCGACAACUGGGCACAACGCAGUCAAUAGUCUUCUGUGCGCCACCUGAGGUCGAUCACGACAUCCGGAAAGUGUGCCAGCUCUCUUGGCUAGACCACAUCAACUCCGGACAUUGCGUACGGUGGCUCCUUGAAAUGACCUGUCGUGCUAACGAAAGUCUUCGCCCAUUGUACGUGGCACAAGGGACUGAUUUCUGCAAAAGGAUGAACUCCGCGUGGGAGAAUCCAAAUUAUGUCGGUUCGACGAAGCACCGCGACGCUCAUAUGGGCGUGAUUCUUCAGAAGGAGUGCUCGACGCUCAAGGAAAUCUAUGGAAGCAAAGCGCAAGUUUCGGGGUUGGAUGUUGGUUUUCCGGCAAUCAGGAAUCCGGAGCUGCGAUCCUUCUACGAAACCCUCAUGAACAAGAAGAAAGGCCUUGCUCAUACCACGUCCGAGGCCCUUGCUUGUGCUCUUGAUGAGGUAGAGCAGGAGCGCGAAGUUGAGUUCCAGGUUGAGGAGAUCCGCCAGGUGCGCAAACCCACUCAUUACGAUGCCUUGCAAUUUCCUGGGAUGCAUCCAAACAUCCUGAAAUUUAUAAAGAAGGGUGUGCUACGGGGCACGGAUGGCUAUGAGCAUGCCUUCACCGCCCUAGGGAGGACCACAUUGGGGAGAAAGUAUGAGGUUCGCUCAACGGGCUCGAAAUUCUAUGUGUCAUCCGAGUUCCGGCGCACUAUUUCAGCCAGCAAAGACCCAAGCGAUAAUUUCUUUAGACCCGUAGAAUGGAUUCUCUACGCUCCCCGCACUCAGACGGCGUUGGUACUCAUUCCUGAGGAAGCCGAAAUAGCAAUCCCCGUGUUGCGUGCCGCUGAAAGCCGCAGCCCGGUCCAUCUCAUUCCCUACACUUCACCAGUCACACGAAACAUGACGUCGCUAGGCCGACUUACCUAUUACGCCUUCCCUUCGCUACCUAAAAGCACCAAAAUUCCAGACUGGCUUACAAUCGAGAUCGGAAUCCUCGCCGGUCGUCUUUACUUUGACUUUACCGAGUACGGCGCCAUUGUCAAGUAUCUCCAAGCGGAUAAAGCCAAUGAAGCAGAAGGAGAAGGCGCCGACGACAAAUGCAAACCAACGUCUUCACUUGUUAAUGGCCACACUGAAGUCGAAUUUGCCAAGAAUCCUCUCGCCUUCGUCCUCGACUGGCUCACACAUCGGAGACGCGGACAGGACAUCACGCAUACCCCUAUGGGAUACGUGUGUCAGCGCCGGAAGUUGAGCGCCGAACAUCCGUUUUUCAGGUCGUCGGAGGCGGAGAUGUCGGAGGUUGGCGGAACGUCGCCAAAGAGAAGAAGCGACAAAGAGGACGAGUCAGACUCGGAUGGAGACUAUGACAUGGUUGAGAUGGACCAGUCGGACGAUGAUGGUGGCGAGGAUGUGUCUGCGGUUGAGGAAUGGCACCGUGAGGACGAGUGAAAGAUGCAUGAUUCUUUCGAGGAUAGUAGCAGGCUAAAUGACGAUGUGGAUUGAAGAUGAGGCGUCAGUUCGAGAGCUGAUUGAUGGUGUUAUUUGCUUUGGACAUUUGCUCAUGGCGGGCCUUUGUAGGGGUGGAGUUAUUGUCGGAUUUUGAGGGACUUCUGCUUGGUUGUUGGUCAUUUAGGGCAAGCACUGGAUUUGGUGUAGUAGCGUUGUCAGAUUAUGUGGUUUGUGGUCUUUUCCUAUUCGCCUUUUACUGGACAGGACUUCGAGCUCAUGUGGGUUGAUUUACCUACACAGCGUUCAUAGGAUUACUAAGUACUUGCUUGUUUCAGUAGCUGUUUUAUCUAAUACCUAUUUCAUUCGUGAA